AUGUUGCAUUCAAGAGCUUUCUUGCUGUUGGAAAAAGAGUUUACGGAGUUCAAACAAGCAAAUAUAUUUGGCAUUUCUGUUAUGCCUAUGGAAGACAAUUGGAUGGAAUGGAUAGCUGAAAUUGAAGGGCUGAAGGAUACCUUAUGGGAAGGUGCUGAACUUCAGCUAUCACUGAAAUAUCCUGAAGACUACAACACCAUCCCUCCAACCAUCAUAUUCUCCACUAUUCCUUUUCAUCCCAAUGUGGACCCAGACUCUGGGAGACCUUGUGUGGAUUUUCUAGAUAACCCUAAUGAAUGGAACACUAACUUCACAAUGACUAAUAUUCUACUUAGUAUCCAGGUUUUGCUGUCUAAUCCUGUUCUGAAUAAUGCAGUGAACCUGGAGGCAGCUCAGAUGCUGACAAGCAAUUAUCCUCUAUAUAGAGAAAAAGUUAUACAGUGUGUCACAAAUAGCAAGCAACUAGAAGCUAUUGCCAGACAUUGGGAUACAACUUCACUUGAGUUUUAUCAUACGUCGAAAGAACAAAGUGGGCCACACAGCCCACACAGAAGGAUAACAUCCGUAUCAUAUGAAGAAUAUUUUGUAACAUGGUUUAAAAUUGCCACAUCAAGACCUGCUGAAGAUUUUAAACACCCAGUGUUUGAAGAUCCAGAGUACAUAGGAAACCGUUACAACUGGAUGGCAGAGAAUGUGAACAAAGGCUACUGGGAUGAAAAUUUACAUCAAAUUUUUGUCUCUGAUUGCAUUGAAAAACAGAAGAAAAAGCUAAUGUUAGAAAACUGGGUAAGCAAUCCCAUGCCAAGACCCACCCCAGUUUCAGAAUAUGAUUGUGUUGCUAGUAUAGUUCAUGUAUUCACUUUUUUUUCCAUUUUGUAUUACUCCUACAACCUGGAAGCAUCUGUAUCUCAAAAAACUCCUGUGAGACUUAAGAAGAAAGACAAAAGCAAAGAUGAAGAUCAAUGGGAAGAGGAAGUAGAAGGUCUUGUAAUGUGGUCUACAAAUCUUGAUCAAGAAAAAUUAGAUUAA